AGAGGACGGGAGGAAGACCGGAGGACGCGGCGGGGGACGGGGGAAUGCUGGGGCCCGGCCCCGGAAAUUACCUCAUCCCUGAAGACCCGGAUCCCGGCGAUGAAGACGGCGGCGGCGACAGGUGGAUGAAGGGUUGGGUCUAUGUGGUGAUUGGUUGGUCUGGUCUUCUGGUGGGGAUAAUAUACUGUAGAGUUUCCAUUGUAUAUACUCCAGCAGUAACUUACAAGCAUAAGACUAUGGAGAUGAUGAGGUUGGCACUGCUGCUGUGUUUGGCUAACCAGGCUAUGCCGAGGCCGGUGCGUGAACCUCGUGAUCUACCUCAGGAUACCAAUGAUUUGGAUUUGGGCCCCACCGUAUUUGAAGUCAUCGAAACAGCUAACAAAGAUAUUUCUGUAUUGCUGAAGGAGGGGGAUAUUGCCAUCAACUUGCACCAUAGUGCCAGGAUAUGUAAAACAUGUCUGUGGAGUAAGAACAAGGAUGGGACCGUCCAAGUACCCUACGUUAUAGAUCCUCAGUACUCUCCAUCAGACAAAUCAAUGAUCAAUGAGGCCUUGAAGGAAUUUGAGGUGAUGACCUGUGUGCAGUUUGUGAACCGGAACUCAGAAUCAGACUAUCUCUAUAUACAGUCUGGAUCAGGCUGCUGGUCUUACAUUGGUAAAAUUUUUGGCAAACAGACAGUAAGCCUGGAGAGCCAAAGCUGUAUGGUGUACGGAGUCAUACAACACGAAGCUAUGCACAAUAUUGGUUUCUUCCAUGAACACAGCAGAACUGACCGGGAUGACUACGUGGACAUCUUAUGGGACAACAUCGAACCAGAUGGCACAAGCAAUUUCAAAAUUGUUGAUUCAAACUCCUUAAACCUUCCUUACGAUUAUACCUCGGUGAUGCAUUACCACAUGUAUGCUUUUUCUUUAAAAGAUGACUUACCUACUAUAGUCCCGAAGCCUGACCCUGUGGCGCCUAUUGGCCAGAGAUCAGGGAUGAGUAAUCUGGAUGUGAUGAAAAUUAACGCCUUAUAUAACUGCAAUCUUUGUAGGAAGAAGUUGAUGGAGACCUCAGGAUCUUUCUCCGGGAACAGUUCUUUUACAAACCAAUAUGGUGGAAACUGCCUCUGGCUUAUCCAAGUCCUGAAAAGAAAGAUUUUAUUGCAGGUUGACUAUCUUCGCAUUUCAUCUCCUGGUUACAUUAGAGUCUAUGAUGGUGUCACUAAAUCCUCACGUGUCCUAUUGGAGAAGACAAGCGGAGGCGGACACUUACGACCUAUGGUUUCCUCUGGACAUAACAUGCUUGUAGAGUUUGUGACCACAGCCAGUUCUAAAUUUAGCGAAUUUGAUGUCUCUUAUAACACUGUGACCUAGAGUUGAGGAUGAGAAGGAAUAAAGUCAUCUGCGAGAGGCUCUUGCAGAUGGGGGAAUGAAAAAUAUUGUUUUUAACCUGUUAAUAUUAUUUAUUAAUUCAUCCAUUCAUAUCUGUUAUUUCCAGUUUAUGAGUUGAAUAAAACACCAUCA